AUGCCACAAAUCACAUUAAAGCACAAGCAUGGCUAUCACAAAAAGAACAGUCAGGUGAUGCCACACUACAUGGAAAAUAAUUUAGUCAAUGGCUUCGACACUAAAAAGACAAUUACUUAGAAGCGAGUUGCUUUGCUUUCAAAUGAUCCCUUCGAUAUCAAUUGUGACACCUUAAUCUAAGUGAAAGACAUUGAUGAGCAAUCAGGAAGGGAGGGAAGUCGAGUAUUCUUUAGAGAAAAGACACUAUCGAAUAACAUUUUAAUUCCUAAUGUGGUAAUUAACAAUGCUUAAGAAAUUCAAUCUACAUCACCUAGAGGUAUUAUAAGUGCGACAAUUAAUAUAGAUAGAAAUUUCAUCGUUUAAAAUAAAUUCCAGGGCUUCUCUAACACUUAAAAACUGAUUUCAAAUGAAUCAAGAGAAAAUGACUAAAUCUACUAUCUAGGACCUAAAAGCAUAUCUGCAAUGAAGGAAAAAAAAAUCUCCAACAAAAGUGUUAUUAGUGAUCAUAAAAGCAGUAACUUUCAUAAUCUUGGUGUACUCACAAAUAACCAAGAAAACAAAAUCGAACACUCGUAUACAAUAAAAGAUUAGAAAUCGAAGUACAGGAUAAGUAUUAUGUCAUAUAAAAAUUCGAACCUAGCCUAGAAUAAUAAAAACUUUCUGACAACUGAACAUAACUUGAAAAGCUAAUUUAAGAGAUAUUCAGUGCAGACAUAGAAGAGAGGAAGAAAAAAUUCAAUGUACAGCCAGCAAAGAAAAUCUAAAAGAAUAAAGCAAGUAAUACAAACUAAGCUAGCUCAGAACAAGAAUAAUCAUUAUGUGCCAUUUAUGAGUAAAGAUGAUUACAAAUCUUAACUUGAUGAGACUACUAAAUAAAAGCUGCUUGUGAUAGAAUUAUUCCAGAUGGGCUUUUUCGAUGAAGCAGUAGAAAGAGCAAUUCAUUAUACCGGAGCAAAGACGAUAGAAGAUUGUUUACCUUUUCUAAUACUCAAUGAAAAGAAUGUUAUGGAUCAUCAGUUUGUUUCAGUUAAUAAUGCUGCAUAUGGAAGUUAAUACGAAGAAUAUAAGAACAUUCAUCCUCAGAGCUAGCAUUGUUUUUUAUGCUUGAAAAAUAGAAAGAAACAAACUAAGAAAACUUUAAAGUAGAUAAAUGAACGACUACUAACAAGGCAAACAUCUAGAAAAAGUAGAAGAGAUUCAUAGAAUGAUGCAGUCCCUUCUGAUGAAGAGUUAGAGCAGCAGAUAUGUGUAUUUCCUAAUAGAGUCUUAGUGAGCAAUAAGAAAUACAUGCAAAUUUAAGAAGAAAGAGGUGUUAUUCUAAAUACAUAUGAAGGCGGCAUUGUUCUAACAAACCAAGAAAUGGUGCCACCAAUGAGACUUAAUUUAGAGGAUAGCAAAUCUUUUUAAAACGAGGAUAAUGUGUAGGAUAUAGAAGCUACGAGAAGAAAUUUUCUAGAUCAAACCAAUCAGGACCUAACAGCUUUUGAUAUAAAUAGACUCAAUAAAAACAUCAUAAGCAAUAAUAUCAAUGUUCUGACAAAUAGCAAUAAUCAAGUAACAUACUUGAAUGGUGGAGGGUAAGAAUCUCCAAAAUUUAAGUAGAUUUAUUAAUACUUUGAGCCCAAGAAAAAUUUAUCUCCUGAAGUUGAUAAUUACAUGAAGGAAAAAUAAGGCAUUGAUAUAAAACUCGAGACUGAAGGAAACCUGAAUGUGAUAUUGCACAAAGUUAACCCUCAUCAUCGUAAAUCGAAUAAAAAUAUCAAGGAUGAGACAAUAAACAAGGUACUAUUCACGAAUUACUAAGACUAGAAGAGCGAGUUUUCAAGAACAAAGACUGAUGUCAAUAAGAAGUUUAAUGAAGGGAUAUUAAAGGUAAACACUUUUAGAUCGAUUAAUCCAAGUGUCUUAAAUUCUAACUCGUUAGGAAUUAAUGGAGGCAUGUCUUCUAGUAAAAAGGACUCAUCUAAAGACAAUGAUGUUAUGUACUCAUUCAGAUCCAUGACAUCUAGACAUGCUACUGAGGAUGAGAGAUGCUUAGUUUGCCAGUUGCCUUUAGAUUAUCACAACCCAGAUUUCAAUUAGGAUUUACUUUCAGUUCAACUAAGAUUUAAUGAGCAAACAAUUUUUAAGGAGACUGAAAAUAGAAUUAUGAGUAAUCAAUCUUUUCAAAGUAGUCUGCCAAAUUAAAAUGAAAAUGAAAAUGACAAUGAGAACGAAAACUCUAUUGAAGGUUAAGAAGACUUUGCUACAUUGGUUGAUAGAGGGAUAAGAAACAGAACUUAACUAGCAAUACCAAACUAAAUAAAUCUUAAAACUUAAUCAAACUAUCUCUCACCAAUGUCAAUAGCAGAUUAAUUAGAAAAUACAAAUGAUCUGGACAAGUAAAAAAUGAGAGCUUUGAAAUUUAGGCAAGAAAUUGUUGAAAGAAGAAUUAGAAGCUAAGAACAAUUUAUUGACUCUAAUCGUUCUCUUGUUAGUAAUCCCAAAUGCUCAAUUUGCAUGGACCCUAAGUUCUUUCCUCAAUAAUCAGGUGAGAAUGAGUCUGUUGUCCUGGAUUAAUUGUAAAGCCUUGAAGGCCGCAACAUGAUAUAACUUGACUAAUGCAACCACAUCUAUUGCGUUUAAUGUUUUAAAGACUAUCUUAAAUAUCAAAUAAAUAAUGGACUUGUUCUUGACAUAAAAUGCUGUGAAUAAAAAAUAUAGAGUUAGCACUUACUCCUAAGACUUGCUAUUGUCCAAACCCUAGAUGCUCAAUGCCACUAUAACUUAAGUCUCCUGACUUUUGUGUAUCUUGUCCCUACUGCUAUCUUGAGUUUUGUUUACUUACAAAGUAGCAGUGGCAUAAAGACUUAUCUUAGACAAGUAUCAGUAAAAUCACAUUACCCCAUAUCAUGCUUUUAUAUGUGCAGCAAGCUAGAAUCCAAAGAAGAGUCCAUCUAUCGAUACAUCAGUUGCUAAAUUCAAGCUGAUUUCCAUUAUCUUAAGUGCCAUACUAUUUGUAUUUUUAGCCCCGAUUUUAGCUUUGAUAUUCUCUCCUCUUGUUACGACCAAAAAUGCUAUUGCAACAAUUUGCUUACCAAUAACCUUAUCUAAUACUAGCCCUAGUACUAAGGACAAAUAAGUGGUUUGGAUAGAACUUUCAUGAACAUUAAUGGACAAUAAUAGCAAGCAGCUUAUCAGCAAUAAUACUAAUAAAAUCCUUAUAAUUCAUAAUAGUAUCAGUAUUAACCUUUAACACAGUCUAGUCAGACCUAUUAGCAUUAAUAAAUGCCAUACUAAUAUCCAGGUCUAAAUAAUAAUACUCCAAUCUAGAAUAUCACACAGCAUUAACCAUAUUAAUUUAAUUAGCAAACCAAUCCUUAAGAUCAAAAUAUCAGCAUCUAAACUCUUCCUCCUACUCCAGAGUAGCAGUUGUAGAAUUAAAGAGAUCUAAAUAAAACUUAUGAUAACUACAGAAUAAAAACUUUUAGGGAGUAAAUUAACAAAAAUUAUAGAAGAAUUCUGUCACCCGAAGAUUAAAGAACAUUUGAGUGGACUGAUAAGGUUUACAAAAUGGGUUUCACUGCAGUACUUGCUUCUAUACCUAUCAAUUUUUAUUGCAGCUCUAAAAUUGCUAGCGUACCUGAACAUGCUAAAAAAUACCUAAUGAGGUCUUUGUUUUAUACAUCGUUCAGCUCUAUGGUUUUUGCACUUGGACUCUAUAGAUAUUAGAAAUUCACCAAAGAGCUUUCAUAUAGAUAUUUGACGGAUUAUUCGAUACAAUAGCUUGAAGAUUUAGAUAGAGAGGUGAUGGUUCCAAAUAUAUUGGCUCCCAGCCCACUGAUUGGUAAUUAUUCUCAAAUGAUGCCGAAUUUCAAUAGAAAUGAUUAGAGUAAUUUGAAAACCAGAAAAGAUGGGGCUAAUGAUGAUUAAUCGGAUUGA